AUGGAUCUCACACGUAUCCUAUCAGCUAACAUUGACGGGCGCACCCAAAAUACUCGAUACCGCCAGUCACAGUUUCAGCGCCUACAAGGUGCGCUCGUGAAGCAUAUUGCCGAGAUACAAGAUGCCAUCCGUUCAGAUUCGGGACAUACUCAGCAAGAGAUCCGAGCCGAGGUAGUGCUGGCAUUGCAGGAACUCAGGACGCACUAUACAUCAUUGAAUCUUGCGAAGGAUUUAGAAGUUGAAUACCGAGUUGCUGAGGGUAAGGAUAGCCCAGAUGCUACGCGCGGUACAGGGAUCGUGUAUAUCGUACCAUGUGUGCAUACGCUGUUCUUCUCAGUCAUCUCGGCAUUGACUGCUGCUCUCGCCGCUGGAAAUUGCAUUGUGCUCGAGCUUCCACAAACAACAAUGGCAUUACCUGUUCUUCUGCGCAAGAUACUAACCGACGCACUGGACCAUGACACCUUCGCAAUUACAACCGAGCGACCAGACAGCUCAUUCCUGAACAAAGCGCUGAUCGUUACACAAACCUCUACCGAAAUACCAAAUGCGCAAGCAUCACCAUCAACAUCCAGAACCGUCGCUGUAGUCGAUCGCACCGCAAAAGUGACAGAUGCCGCGCAGGCACUCGUCGCCGCACGUUUCGCGCUAGGUGGACGAUCGCCCUACUCACCAGACGUGGUACUCGUGAAUGAAUUUGUGAUGAAACCAUUCGUCGAAGCAGUUAUUCAACAUGCCUCCAGGUAUCUCGGUGGCGAGAAUGGCGAGGCGCGACAAUCUCCUAACCCAUCUCGACGAUCACCGUUACUAGAGUCUAUUCAGAAGACAAGGAGCGACCGAGUCCUUGUUUCGGGAAGUAAUUGGGGUGUUGUAGAGGUCCAAGAUAGGAACUCCCCUCUGCUUCAGAAGAAGAUUGAUGAGAAGGUCUUGCUUGUACACCCUAUUACUAGCUUGGAUGAUGCUAUUGAUAUGAAUUUCAACAAGAAACUGGCAGCAGCGUAUGCAUUCGCAGCGCCGGCAUCAGCGAAGUACUUGACACAAUUCAUAGAUGCCGACAUCUCAUGGGUGAAUCAUGUCCCAACCCAUAUGCUAAUCGGUCCCGCCCUUGUCCGAAACGCACCAUAUAGUGCGAAAACGCGCUACGCAAAAUCACAAUUCCAACUAUCACGCCCGCAACUGAUUACAGCGCCAACUCAAUCGCAUUCUACCCAGACUAUUCUUGAGAAUAUCAAUACCGUCAAGUCAGAUUCGCUGUGGCGUGAAGCGAUUGCUCCACUUCCGUCGACUAAUCAAAGACCAGGACAUAAGAUCGGAUUCUUUGAACAGGGUAUUAUUACUGGUGGAUUGAUCACGCUGGCAUCUUUGAUAGCAACAGCGUCUACCCUGGGCUACUAUACUUGGGUUUUCGUGCGGAACAGAUAG